GUGUAUUGUUAAGCGUUUCUACUUUCUGUCAACAGAUAUAUUAAUGAACACAAUAUCAAAUGUAAAAAAAAAAACAUGUGAGAUACAUUUAAAUAACAUUCAGAACUUUCCUCUUAGUCCAUCGUUAUAACGCACACACACACACACACACACACACAGCGAGAAGAAAGUGGCGGAGGCGGGACUGCUGACAGCGCGAGCACAGGCUGUCUAUCACGGAAGGCGAGAGCAAAGCGCGAGGAUGCGCUGCGAGAGGUGGUCACCGGUGGAGAUAGAAAUACCAAAAGUGUGCGACGGACCGUCCAGCACCACACUCAAGACAUUUUCAACUACUCUCAUUUUAGUAAACUGACCCUUUCAGCUGGGACAAAAGUCUGGCAAGUCACUCCUUUGUUAGAAUACGCGCAACGCCCGAAAGGAAGGUGCACACUGUGGCACUGUAGCGCCUGUUCUUAUGUAUAAAAUCACCGGAGUGUUACAGUUUUCAUUCAAUGAGUAAGCGAAUAUUUACACGUUGAACUACACGACCACAUCGGUAAAAAAAAUCAGGUCGGCGUCUGGAGGAUGCCGGGUUAAGAGUGAAAGCGAUGGAAUUGGUGUGCAAGAAGACGUAGAGAUCCCACUCGCUUCCGCCGUGCCUGAGGAGUCGCUGGUAACUGUUUCACGGGGUUUAACGAGCUCUCGAGAUGUUGUAAAAGUCAGUCUCUUUCCUGGACGGUGGGUCAGAAAGCGCAGAAGGUUGUGAGAGCGAGGGGAAGGCGCGGAACCGAGGAUUAUGGCUCUCGCAACGUUUUCCCUCUGUCUGCUAACGCUUAGUUGGAUGAACUUCCCGAUGGCGCACGGGAGCGACCGCCACGCCGUGUACUGGAACAGCUCCAACAUACAUCUGCGGAGAGAAGGCUACACAGUGCAGGUCAGUGUGAAUGACUACCUGGACAUUUACUGCCCGCACUACAACCUGAGCCAGAGGGGGUCGCUGGAGAGGGGUGUGGUGGAGCAAUACGUGCUCUACAUGGUCAGUUACCGUGGCUACCGCACGUGCGACCCGCAGAUGGGCUUUAAGCGCUGGGAGUGCAACCGGCCGCACGCCCCCCACGCGCCCAUCAAGUUUUCCGAGAAGUUCCAGCGCUACAGCGCCUUCUCUCUGGGCUACGAGUUUAACGUGGGACACGAGUACUACUACAUCUCCACACCCACCCAUCACCAUGGCCACAGCUGCCUAAGACUACGUGUGUAUGUCUGCUGUUCCACAGUUUCCAAUGCAGAGGAAGACUCAGAGCAGAGUCCCUCUGACUAUACCGACAACCCGGACAUCAAAAUCAACGAGAUUGAUGAAUUUAACCCUAUCCUCCCCAAACUGGAGAGAAGUGUGAGUGGCAGCAGCCCGUCCAGAGACCGCCUGAUGCUCACCGUGGCAGCCUUGCUGCUGGCGGCCCACCUGGUCUCUUAGCAACCCGCCCCCCCUCCCCUCCCGCAUCCCACAUGCCCGACCAGCCCUUGGGGGCCCCUUGCCAACCAUCCAGGGUGUGUCUGGAACAUCAGCUCACCCAAUCAGGAGCAAGCGUCACAAGUGCCGUCGGGCUGCUUGUUUUGUAUCACCCGAAAAAACCCAUCCAGUGCACACACACACACACACACACACACACGCACACGCACACACACGCACACACACACACACACGCACACACACACACACACAGACACACAAACCCAUUUGUACACAUUCAUGAAAACUCAUUGAAACAGGCAAACUCCCACUUAGACACACACACACACACACAUCUCCCACUCACACAAUCAAUACUUUCCUGAACCCACAACUUUUUUCGAUGCCGCCAUUUUGGCAAGAGACAUUAAAAUUCUAGCUGUAGAUCCGAUGCUGUUUUUUUAAAGCAGAGCUGAGUGUAGUCUCAAGAGAAAGUGGUGCUGUGUGUCUUUAACCUUCACUCUAAAUCAUGUUCUCUCUCUCACACACACACACACACACACACAUACACACACACAUACGCACACACUCUCACACACACAUACACACGUUUGUGCUCUAAAGAACAAAAAAGACCCACACCCUUCAGCUCCAAGCUGCCAGACUGUGACUACAGCUGAAGACUGACUCAAGCAGAAUAGCUGGAUUCCUUGCUGACUAAGAUGUGAGUCCUGUUUACUCACAAACCUCUGAGGUAGUCACAGUCCCACUCAACCUGCAUAGGCUAAGACCAAGCCCUCAUUUCUUCACGUCUUCAAGUGUGUUUUUCUUGGACGACUGAAGCUUCAGCAGGGUGUGGUGAACGACUCCGACAUGUUUGUGAGUUCACCAUAACCUGCAGCAACCUACAACACUCACGCUCAACCCUGGAACAACCCAUGGAGAAGUUCAGACAAGGAGUCAUUGUACAUAACGUCCCCGUCGGAGCAUACAAAUGUAGGUUUUUUUGGAAAAAUAUACUGUAGUGUUGUACAUCGCAAGUGCAGAAGAGGCAAUGUGCUGUUUUUAAGGCAAAGUCAUGUUAUGUCUCAUUUCAGAUGAGUGACUCAAAUGACCCUGGAACAGCAGGGAUGGACCUUCAUAGAAGCCUAUCUUCAGUAUAUCUGUACUGUUUCCAGAUCAGAUGUUGUCUAUGUUGAGCCACACGUAGUACUUUUAGCCUUUAGCCUCGAUAGACUUGCAUAUCUGUGCAUCCGAGAACUGAGUCUCACCAGGAUGCGAGGUAAUAGGGCAGUGGCUCUAGGUCUCCUUGGAAACGACCCUAUUUCCUUGUAGUGGGUGGUCGUGCAAAGCCGCCGUUUUUUUGAAUGAUGCUUGUACAAAUGCGCAAAAAUAAGCAGCGGUUCGUCCUUUCUUUUUUUUUACCACAACCGAUCUGCAUUCUAGGAUUUCUUUGUAUCAUAUCGCCGAUUUAUAUAUCGGUUUCAUUUAACGUGUGCUUAUACUUGUUUCAUUUGAACAGUUUCUUUUUGUACGUGCUCUAAUUUAUGAUUGAUUUUUGGUGUACUUUGUACAUUUGUUUUUCGAACGAGGACACUCAUUUGGUAGAUGGUUCGUUAGAUGUCCGAGAGCUUCAGUGGAGCCCACUGUGAUUGUUAAACACAAGGAGGUGCCUGGGACUGAGGGUCCACGUCACCUUGAGACUAGGAAAAACUUUGACAGACUGGAGAGGUAAAGGACGGACUAGGAAAGACUACGACUGAAGAAGCAGGAAACACUUAGACAGACUGAAGACUGGAGAAGGAGAGGACAGACUAGGAAAGACUUGGAGACACUCUGACUGAUUUGAGGGAAGUAUGUCUGACUGGGACUGGCUGACUUUGGCAGACAAAGACAAGACAGUGGAGAUAGAGACGACUGGACACGACACAGACAGACAGUGAAAGACUCUGAGAGAUGCUGAUGAGACCAGAUAGAGACAUACCAAGAAAGGUAUGGCGAGACACCAGGGAAAACUGAAACAGACCCAGAUGGUCUAAAAAAAGACUUACAUUAAGACAGGCCAGCAAAGAAUCAGAGAGAACACAAAGCCUAUGUUCAGACUGUCAAAAUCAGAUUUGUGUGCAUAUCCGAUUGGAAUUCAGUCACAUGUAGCAAGUUGAACAGCCAAAACUCAUGAAAUCGUUUUAUUUUUAAUUUUUUCGGUUUCAAACCACAUUCAACCCACUAUUCAAUUAGCAUUUUUGCAAACCCAUUUAGGUCGAACCGCUCUAAUCAGAUUCCAAGUGUUUUUUCUUCCGUCCGUGACAUAAAUUUAAUGUGUUCAUCACACGACCAGGAAACGUGCUAGUUUGGUUGCGGAGAGAGCCAUUAAUAAGCGGUGCAGGCAAACCUCCAUCUUUAACUCUGUCUCGUUACUUUAUAAGUCCUGCGCUGCAGCUACACGUUGUCAUGUGGUAAAUUUAUAGAGUAAAUUAGGGCGCUAAUUUAAUUUCAUUUAAAAUGAGGAUCACAAUACGGACACACAGAUCAGAGCUGAUCACUUGCAGAUAUAAUGCAGACAGUGGAUCAGGAUGAUUGGAUUCUGACCGGAUAUGCAAAAAAUGGGAUUUAGACUGAGUGUGAACCUAGUCAAUGAGUUAAAGGACGCACUGUGGCUGGGGGAGACUAAGGAGCCUUGGUAUGACUGAUGCCAUGUUUCCACUCUCAAAACCUCCAAACCAACUCAGACCAUCGGCAACCAUGCUCACGUUCAUGCUUUGGACUUGGUUCUAGUUGUGUUUCCAUAGCACAGGUGAUUCUUGAUGUGAUUGCAAUUAGGCAUGUGUAAUCUAAUCUAAAGUUUUUUUUUCAUAAUGCUAUAGUUUUAUGUACAGAUUCAGAACUUACCUUACUUAAGCUAUGGAAAAGUUUCGGCCUUGACAUGUGUUGUGACCCAAAUAGAUUUAAAGAAGUACACAAAAUCCUCUUUUCUCGCUCACAUUCAUGAAAAUUCAAGGCAAACGAGUCUGUGUGCGUUUCCAUCCUCUAUGUUAUGCGAAUUAAAAUCAACACUCUCCUAAUCAAGGGAGGAGUUGUGAACAGCUGUGGGAUCAAAACCUAGGGUUGUCAGGGCAACUUGAACCACCUAAUAAAAUUGCAACAAAUGUGAUUGUGCAACAAGUCUACAAAGAUUAUCCAGAACAACAUUGAUUGUACUUGGGAAUCUCCCCAUUAUGAAUGCAUCUGCCCAUUAUGAAAACACAACUGGAAGCCACUAGUUCAUCAUGAUUCAGAUUGGUAUGUCACUGCAUGGCCUAAACACAGUAGCUGAAAAGUGGCAUGAACAGACUACAGCUGAGACAAGAGCUGGCUGUGUGUGUAGGGGAAAGUUUCAGGUACUGUAUGUGUAAACAACAGGAAGUGAUUGACGUAGGUC